CAUUAAUGAAUCGGCAAAAUUGGUACGAGGACUGUAAAACUCGUCUCCUAUAACCUUCUCAAGUUCGUAGAGAGAGGGGGAGGAGGAUAAUUCGUGCUGUACGAAAGCGCUUUUAAGACGCAAUGGUUGUGUGUUUUUAGAAGUCGAGAGAGGUCGUGGGGCAUCGCAUGUUAUUCCGGGAGGCAAGGGAUUGACUUGAACAGUUGCUGGACGCACAAGAGUGCGCGAAUUGAAACUAAUAUACGAAACAGAAGCUAGGAAAAAUGAGCGAUUAUUCCUGGGUAACCCUUGCUACCAAUGAUACAUAUUCACUGGGUGCAUUAGUCCUUGCUCGAUCACUCAGACGAGUAAGUACUAAUCACAACCUGACUGUUAUGGUAACCCCAGGGGUCUCUGCUGCAAUGAGGGCUCAACUUGCAUCAGUUUUCAAUGUUUUAGAAGAAGUCAAUAUCCUUGAUUCAAAGGAUGAAAAAAAUUUGGCUCUGCUGACACGCCCAGAAUUAGGCAUUACAUUCACUAAAUUGCAUUGUUGGAGAUUAACUCAAUUUUCUAAAUGUGUCUUUCUUGACGCUGAUGUAAUGGUGUUGAAGAACUGUGAUGAACUUUUCGACAGGGAAGAGUUAUCAGCUGCACCUGAUGUGGGGUGGCCAGAUUGCUUUAAUUCAGGAGUUUUUGUAUAUCGUCCUUCCAUUGAAACAUACAAUGCAUUAAUUAAUUUUGCAUUAUCUCAGGGUAGUUUCGAUGGUGGUGAUCAAGGACUGUUGAAUCAGUUUUUCUCUGACUGGGCUACUAAAGAUAUAAGUCGUCAUUUGCCUUUUAUUUAUAAUAUGUGUUCCUCAGCCACAUACUCUUAUCUUCCAGCAUUCAAACAAUUUGGUCAGAAUGUGAAAAUAGUACAUUUCAUUGGAACAGCUAAGCCAUGGCUUCAGUAUUUAGAUUCAGAGUCACGCCAAGUGAAACCCUCACCUGGCUCUGAACACUUGCAAGGGUUUCUACAGUUGUGGUGGGAUAUAUUUUGCAAUGAUGUUCACUCUACACUUUCAUCAGAAAUGGUACACCGCAGUUCUCGAGUGUCACAGCUAGAAUCUUCUCCAAUGUCACAUUUCGUCAGGGAAAUAUGUUUAAACCUUGAACCUAAAAUUUCCCUUAAUCAGUCUAAGAUUCCUACCCCAACAUAUGCGCAUGAUCCAAGUGAUGGAUACUGGGACCCUUGGGAAAUGUACCAGGAACCCCAAGACACAAUACAGACAGUUAAUACAGGAAUACAGUUCAUUUCAGAUCAACCUUACCACACAAGUGGUGUUUCACAUAGCCAUCACCAAGAUAUUCCAAGGUGUGAUACUCUUUCUCAGAGUGUAGUUGCUUCUGAACAAAAUGUUCUUGUAGGUCAUAGCUAUCAAUACAGUCAUGAGAAACAGCAAAGCGAUUUGCCCCCUCUAAGUAUGAAAGUAUACUCUUCUCCAACUCCUCAUCAUAACUCUAAACAGAGUGAAGAACACGUGUAUCAUCCUUCUGAGAAUCAGCAAGAACAUAGUCGUUCUAAUUACUGUGUGAAGUUUAUUGGUAAUGAUCACAGACAGGAACACUUGAUUAAUGACAGAGUUUCAAAUUAUACACAUACAUUUAAAGACAAUGAAUCUGGUCACAUGUGCAGUUUCGAGGGAAACAAAGCUGUUGAAGGGCACAAGUCAGAUGUAAUACAAGAGCACAAUUCAAGUCCAUCUACAGAGGUUCAUUCCUACAAUAAAUUCUUAUCAUUGGAUGAAAAGCCAAAAGCAGAUUUUCAAAGUAAACCAAUAGAAAGUGCUUCUUUUGAGCAUGUUAGUACUGUUACUUCUUAUCCUGCAUUACUCCCUGACAAUAAAACCUUACCUGAUAACAGCAAUAUUAGUACUUCCUAUGACACUGAGUGUUUAUCUUCACCAGCCACUACUGAACUUGAAAAUGAGGAUGCAGGACUGGCCGGUGCACUGUCUCAGUUGACGUUAGGUGUAGCACGUUCACCAGAACAAAUCGCUUUGGAGGAACACCUACGAAAGCAGGCUUGGGAACACGGCAACAUUGAUUAUAUGAAUCGUGAUUCUUUUGAAAAUAUAUGGCGCAAGAUUUGUGAAACACUGGCUGAAGCUCCUUCAGCAGAUCCUCUCCCAGAACAAAGAGAGUCAACUUCACAAGUCUCCAAUGUAGUAGUAGAAAAUAUUUCAAAAGAAGUUAAUCCUGGUGAUGACAUAUCUUUAUCAGAGUCUAAUACUAUCUCUGUCUCAUCUCCACAUCUUCAAUAUACAGCAGCGUCAAGCCCAAAAUCUGAAUCUCAAUCAGAUGACGCCACUGGUGUAAGAUCACUUCCAUAUUUGGAAACCAGUUCUGGUGUGCAAGCUGACCAAAGUUCUCUUUUCACUCAUGCUAAUGAUGUCUCAGUCCCAGUGACUACAUCUGAUUUAAGUACACCAGAGUGUCAGGACAGUUCUUUUAAUCAAAAACUAGUAUUACAGCAGGGAGAUACCAUACCUUCAAGUGCAAUUGAUAUUUGCACUGAAUCUUCUCCUGAAGUAGUUCAAAUAGCAAGUCUUCAGGACCCUAAAUUACAAUUACUUGCAACACAUCAGGAAUCGAAUCAGGCUACUCAAAUCGAAGAAAAAGAUGAAAUCAAAACGGAACAGACAGUAUCCCAACCUUCUCAGGAUUUUUCAAAAUCAUCAGGAACUGUAGAUGCAUUAGAUUCAGAUACUACUGCUAAAAGUAUUCCUGAUAUUCCACACAAACAAGCGAGUGUUGUUAGUGGAGGUUCAAAAGAACCAGAAGUAUCUAUUCCACACACAACUGAAGAGACCACAGUUGAUUGUCAGUUACCUUCUAAUGUCGUUCAGACUCAAUCUGAACCUCAAGCGUACUCUGCAGAGGUUCUUGGAAAUGCUGGUGAACUCCACACAGACUUUUCUGAAAAGACUGAUUCAGCAGUUGAUUUAAAAUCAAAUAUUGAUUCAGCUAAUCAACCUGAAAGUUGCCCUAGUAGCACAUCACCUUCUUCAGAACCUUUAGUAGACACAAGUAAAGUAUCCGUUACAGCCCCCACUCCACCUACAUCUCCAACAGAUAAUUCCACUCUAGUACCACCGGCCCCUCUUGCUACAGAUACUUUGUCUGUGGAACCUAGUAUACUCCCCACUCCUCCAGUUCGCUCAGAACCUGGAGGAGUAGUGCCAAUGUCAGAUCCGGUGCCUGCAACAACUGUUGGUUCCGAAUCUCCUUGCACAAAAGCAGAUCAGAGCCCUGAUCUCAUUCUUGCUUCAGCUGAUCGUUCAACCUCUCCUAGUGCAGCAGCAUCUCAAAGCGCUGAUCCCAUUUGCGCAUUUCCUGAUGCUUCAGGCACUCCUAGUUUAUCCGUGGCUCAGUGCCCUCAACCCAUUUCUAGUGAUCCUCCAUCUUCAUCUUCUCCUUCAGAAAGUCAUGAUACAUCAGAGAACACUUCCCAGGCAGUUGAAACCAAAGCACCAAUUCCUCCAAAACGAAGGCACAAGCCAUCCCAAAAUCCUGACCAAUCUGGCAGUAAAUCUGGAAAAACUCCAACUAAAUCCCCCAAAGGAAAAAAAUAAGUGAAAUCAAUGCUUUUAUGAGUCAUUAUCCAUUACAUGCAAGUACAUUCAUAACUAUUGCAAGAGUGGUACAUUACAUUUUCAAGAAAUUUUUUACUUACAUAUUGUGUUUGUAACUGUGUGAUGAAAGGAUUGAUAAUUCUGUACUAAUGUCUUCCUACUUUUCAUGCCUGAAUUUGAUGAAUUCAUUGUAAAGACCAAUGAAUUGUGUGCACAGUGUUAUAUGUAUAAAACAUUUGUGAUUCAAAGUGUGAAGUGUUCCUUCAUGUGUUAAUGUUCCUUAUUAGCAGAAGUUUUAUCAGUCAGAAGCAACCGUCCAUUAAAAAAUGAUUCUACACAAUAAAAAAAAAAGUUCAUAUCCCAAACAGAUUUAAUACAUAAUACUAAUGUGCAUAACUGUAUUAAAUGACCAUUGAUAAUAAAGAAACUUCAAUUCUGUGCCAAAUAUUCUGUCCAGAUUAAGUUACUUGUAAUAUUGUUCAUGUUUAGAAAGGCAAUGAUGAGGUUGUUUUAAGUAUUCAUUGUUGUGUGUUGUUAAAGAGAAUGGUAAUUAUGGCAUUGGGCAUACAAAAUAAAUUGUUUUGACUGCAUGUAUUUCCACAGUUUAUGCAAUUAAUUUACAGUAUAAAAAUAUAUUUUUUAUAUUGUACGAUUGUAAAUUAUAUUUUAUUUUUGUUAUUUAUGAACCAUCUUAAAGAAUUCUUAAUACACCAUGACAAACAUUUAUUGUUACACCUUUUGUAUCUGAUUUCCUAUAUUAUGAAUAAAAAAUUAUUUUCUUAUAUUUACUUUAAAUUCCAGUUGUGAAACAGUUGAAUGCUAUAUGAAUAUUAUUCUGUAAUGUCAUAUACAUUGUAAAAGGGGAAAAGUCUUGAGUAUUAGCAAAUGUAGGUAUGAUUCAUGUUAACUAUUGUUUUUAAAUGCAAGGUUUUUUCCAGUUUUAAUGAAUUGUAGAUGAUCUUUCUCACUGAAGUAGCUCUUUUUUUUGUUUUUUUUUCUUUCAUAAAUACGAUCUUAUCAUGUAUCAGAGUAUUCCAGUAAAGUAACCCUAUUUUGCCCAGUUACUUGCAGCCUCCAGUUUUGUGGAUACAUUAGAAAAUGAGAACAGUUUCACAAAAAUGAGGGGCUUAUGGGUUGCUUGCCUUGGAGCCCCCAUCCUGAACUUCUGAGUUGGUCCCACCUUCUAAAUGGUGUAAGCCUCAUUUGUAUUCACUGGCCUCAGACUCCAGUUGAACCUAUGUUGUCAUUGCAAAAGAGUAUCAUAUUGUAUAUUUUGCAAUUCAACAGGUUGGCACAAUUGCUCUGCCUCAAUGCUAAAUCUUUCUUUCUUUAAUUCUCUCAGGAUUUCAUUUCUUCAAU